CUUGACGCUGUUACCAUUUUAUGCAACUUCUGGCAUGAAGUGAAAAAAUUCAGAGAGAGCUAGGCACAGAAGAGAGACGACUUGUGUGCUGGAAAAAAAGAGUGAUGUAAGUUUAAGAACAGAUUCUGUAACUUUUUGGUGGGCAGCAGCUGUUUAUCAGAAUGGUGACUGCAAAAACCUGGGUCCUGAAAAAGUAUUUUGAGGGCUUCCCAAAACACAGCGAUUUUGAGCUGAAGGAGGAAGAGGUACCAGAUCCUAAAGAUGGAGAAGUGUUGUUGGAAGCUGUUUAUCUCAGCGUUGAUCCCUAUAUGAGGCCUUACAGUAAGUUGUGGAUGAAGGAAGGCGAUGUAAUGAUUGGCUUUCAGAUUGGCAGGAUUCUCAAAAGCAAAAACUCAGAGUUUCCAGAAGGCUCUUUUGUUGAGGCUAAUAUUGGCUGGAGGACUCAUUCCAUUUCUGAUGGCAAGAACCUAAAGCUUAUGCUUCCUGACUGGCCAUCAAACAUUCCAAGGUCGCUGGGACUUGGUAUUAUCGGCAUGCCUGGUUUAACAGCCUACUUUGGCCUCCAGGAAAUAUGUCAGCCAAAGGCAGGAGAGACAUUGCUGGUUAAUGCAGCCGCAGGAGCAGUGGGGUCAGCGGUUGGACAGAUUGGUAAAAUUAAGGGCUGUAAAGUGGUGGGUUGUGCUGGCUCAGAUGAGAAAGUUCAGUACUUGAAGGAUAUUGGAUUUGAUGAAGUGUUCAACUACAAAACAGCUGACUCUUUGGAGGAAAGUUUGAAGAAAGCUGCCCCAGAAGGCUAUGACUGCUUUUUUGAUAAUGUCGGAGGAGAGUUUUGUUCCACUGCAAUGUUCCAGAUGAGAGAAUUUGGAAGGAUUGCUGCGUGUGGUGCCAUUUCACUGUACAAUGAUACAGAACCACAAAAAGGGCGUUUCUUCUCUUGGCAUAUGGUCUGGAAUCAGCUUCACAUGAAAGGAUUCCUUGCAUCGAGUUGGAAUGACAGAAGAGAGGAAGGACUAACUCAGCUGAUGAAUUGGGUGAAAGAGGGCACACUGAAAUACCAUGAGCACAUCACACAAGGAUUUCAGAACAUGCCAGAUGCCUUUAUGGGAAUGCUGAAGGGAGAGAACAUUGGAAAAGCAGUUGUGAAGGUCUGAUAAAUGACAGAGCUGGACUUAGUUCAUAGAAGAGAAGAAAUGAAUGUAUUGUUCUGAAAUGAAAAUUGAUGGAAUUUGAUUCUAAUAAACAGAGAGUGGCACAACUUCAUUCACCAGGAA